AUUUAAGUAGUUUGUAUGAAAAAACAGUACAUAUUUACAUUUUAAUCAAUAUUUCACCUUGGACCCAUAGCUGUGAUAAAUAACUAUAUAUAAGUCAAUAUACGUGCAAAUAGUUGCUAGUUUAAUAUAACUAAUUAUAUUUGCAAUAUGGAUGUCGACCCAACCGUAUAUACCCGGGCGAGUGAUCUUCAAAGACAAUCAGCUGACCAACUCAUACGAGACGUCCCGAUAAAUAGGGAAUACGAUGUAAUCGUUGACAUCGGCUGCGGGAACGGCUAUUUGACGGAACGGUUGGCCAGACAUGUCAAACACAAUGUGGUGAUCGGUGUGGACAUCAACCCCACAAUGAUAUCAUAUGCGCUGAAGAAUCACAAAAUGGAUUCAAUUGAGUACUGGACGCAAGACAUGAGUGUCUCGUGGGAUGAGUUGUGUCCACCACUGAAGGCACUGGAGGCCAGA